AUGGAGAUCUCCGUGAACUCUUCGGCAUUCUGUUACAUUAGCCACAAUAGACAAGUGGAGUGUGUUCCAGCAACCGAGCAAGAUGUCCUUGAUUGGAGCAUCAAUUGUGGAUCUAACAACAAUAACCAUAACGAUAAUGUUACUUUGGCAUUAGUCGAUAAUGAAAAUGGAACAGAUGUCAUAUCUGUUGUUGCCAAUGGUCAUGUGACUAGAUUGCCUUUACCUGAGCGGAAUCUACUUUAUAAUUUAAACAAUCCCUCUUAUUCAGAUUUGGAGAACGACUCUUCAAUGCUGAAGGAAGGAUCUAGGUCUCCACAGCCGUAUGAACCAACAACUGUUCUCAUUGAAGCUUGUGGUGAUUCUGAAGAUGCUGGUGCUCGUGCUGGUGCUGGUGUUACUGAAGUACUCAUUUCACCACCUAUAUCUGUUGCUCAAAGCUUGAAUGGGUCGGGUCCUAUUGAAGCCUCAUCAACUGAUUCGCCGACAGAUGAUAACAAUAAUUGUAUGGCGAUUUUCCUUCCUAAAGUGGAGGUAGAAUUCCCAACAGACAAUUCAUCAUCACCAGCAAGGUUUGGAGAGUUGAAACGAUUGCUUCUGAAGAUCUCUGGAGGUUGGAAUGAAGAGCAAAUCGAAGUAAAACAAUUGACAGGAGGUAUCACCAACAUGCUUCUUUCUUGUAAAUACAUGCCUACUAAUGAAACAAGAUUAGUACGGAUUUAUGGUAAUGGAACAAACUUAAUUAUUGAUAGACAUCGGGAAUUCAUUCUGCAUUUGAUCUUACAUUCCUUAUCAUUGGCUCCUCCCAUCUAUUGUCGGUUUAAAAAUGGCUUGGUGUAUGGGUUCAGUCCUGGACGGUCUUUGAAACCCGAAGAAAUGUACCAUGAAAAUUUGUACCCACUCAUUGCUCAACAGUUGGGUAAUUGGCAUCAGAAAUUGGACUAUAAGGCAAUAGAUCAAGGAGUAGAGAAGCUUCGAGACUUCUCCUAUAACUUGAAGAAGUUGGAGAAUCAAAAUUAUAAAGCAAAAAAGUUAAAAAAGAAGUAUAUCUCCAAUAUUUGGGAGUUAAUUGAAGAUUGGAUCGACAUUGUACCUGUGGUACCAGAACUUAUUGAGUCUUUCCAAGAGAAUACCACCAAUAAUAAUGAUGUUAUUGAUUCAACUAAUAUCACCAAAAUAAUGCUUGAAGAAUUCCGAGCCUUAAAAGACUAUCUUUUAACAAUAGACUCACCAGUUGUUGCAUCUCAUUGUGAUUUGCUUUCAGGGAACAUCAUUGUGCCAAAAGAUUGGGAUUUAGGUGCUGUUUCACCCACUUUAAAUCAUGUGGAUGAGAAUGCCGUGAAAUUCAUUGAUUUCGAAUAUAUGUUACCAGCUUCCAGAGCUUUUGAUAUCGCCAACCAUUUGGCGGAAUGGCAAGGUUUUGAUUGCAAUCGUGAAGCGAUUCCGAAGCCAGUAGCCUCCAAUCCUGUGUUGGUGAAGUGGUGUAAGAGUUAUUUGAACAACCCUAAUGAAGCUUCUGAAGAUACUCAAGUGGACCAAUUAAUCAAAGAAAUUAGAGCCUAUUAUGGAUUGCCAGGGUUCUAUUGGGGUGUUUGGGCCAUGAUUCAAAGUGAAAUCUCCUCUAUUGAUUUCAACUACGCCGAAUAUGGUAAAUCAAGAUUGCAGGAGUAUUGGGAUUGGAAGAAGGAGUAUAUGAAUACAUAG